AUGGCGCUGCCACGCCACCGCCGCUCGCCGCCGGCGCUUCCAGACCACCUCCUCGAGGAAAUCUUCUCCCGCCUCCCUCCCGACGAACCCUCAUGCCUCCUCCGCGCCUGCCUCGUCUGCAAGCACUGGCGCGACAUCAUCUCCGCCCCCAGCUUCCUCCGCCACCUCCACGCGCACCGCCGGGCACCCAAUAUGCUAGGGUUCCUCCAGCACUCGGAAGGUGAUGAGAAUCUCCCCGUCUACGUGCCCACCUCCCCCUACUCCUUCCCUGUCCCCGACCCCCGCGAUUGGCACGUCCUCGGCUACCGGCACGGCCGCGCCGUAUUCGUCUCCGAGACUACCGACCGGGAGCUCCUCGUCUGGGAGCCGUUCACAGGAAACCGGUGGAGCGUGCCGGUACCCGCGGAACUCAACAUCGGGCACUCCAACGCCACCGUGCUCUGUGCGGCGGAGGGGUGCGACCAUCUCAACUGCCACGGGGGGCCCUUCCGCAUUGUCUUGGUGUUCACCACCCCCUUCGACGAGGAAACAGAGUGGGUCACGUCGGCGUGCCAAUACUCGUCGGAGACCGGCGCCUGGGGUGAGGUGGCCUUGGCCUUGCCCUGGCGCGAUGGCUUUUCCUUGCUCUGUGAGAAUCCUGGCCUGCUCGUGGGGAAUUCUCUGCUGUACUUCCUGUACCUUGAUGGGCACACCCUCGAGUACAACUUGGCUGAGCAUGUCCUCAAUGUGAUCAACCCACCGGAACCGGACUUUGGUGCUGCUGCAUUCUCGCAGAGAGUUAUGCUGGUUCAGGCGGAGGAUGGUGGGCUGGGAAUUGCUCUAGCUGAUGACAAUGGGUUCAAUCAUCUCUACCUCUGGUCAAGGAAGGUCAGUGAAGGAGGUGAUGCAGAAUGGGUGGAGUGCCCGGUCAUGUACCUCGGCGAUUCGCUUCCAUUUGCUGCUAGGUCGUCGUCCUCAAGAAUAAUAGCAUUUCUGAUGGGCUUUGUCGAGGGGGCAAAUACCAUUUUGGUGAGCACGGAUGAUGGCUUCUUUUCAAUCGAGCUCCAGUCCAAGCGGGGGAGGAAGAUGUGCAAGGACCGAUGCAGGGCCUACCCUUUGGUUCCAGUUGUCAGCUCCUACUCCAUACUCCGGGUACCUCAAGUUGAGCACGAUGGCCUGGGCUCUCCGGACUUCAAUGGUGAGUCAGAUGACGAGGAGUGGGAGUGGGAAGCACUAAGGCAGGCAGAGUCGCUGUUUUACAGAGGGUCCAGGGCCAUCAAGGAGGGGGACUUUGUUGCCGCUGUUGAUUGCCUCAGCCGCGUCCUGGCGAUCAGGGUUGCACAUUAUGGUGAACUUGCUGCGGAAUGUGCUAGCGUGUAUUACAAAUAUGGGUGUGCCUUGCUAUGGAAAGCUCAAAAGGCAACUAAUCCUCUGGCAAACGUUCCCAAGAAGGGUACAAUCAGCAAAGCUCGUACUGAAGAACGUAUAUCUUUAUGCCUUUACCCCCUAGACAGUCACAUAUAA